UGGAAGCUCGCGAGAGCUCGUCCCGGAGGCUCCCGCAGUCCCCGGCGGUCCCGCCACUUCCGGUUCCGGCGCGUCCGUUUUGCGUCGCGGAGUUUGACCCCCGCGACGAGCCGUCGCCCCGCCCCGCGCUGCCAUGGCGGCAGCCCCGCCGAUCUCCAAGGCCGAGUACCUGAAGCGCUACUUGUCCCGGGCCGAUGCCGACGGCCACGCGGGUUCCGAGUCCAUUCUCAAGCGUCGCAAAAAGCGGCCCAAGCCUGGCGGUGUCGGCGGCAAGGGAAUGCGGAUUGUGGACGAUGAUGUGAGCUGGACAUCUAUCUCCACCACUAAACCCGAAAAGGAGGAAGAGGAAGAUGAUGGAGAUUUGCCUGUGGUGGCUGAGUUUGUGGAUGAGCGGCCAGAAGAGGUAAAGCAGAUGGAAACCUUUCGUUCCAGUGCCAAAUGGAAGCUUCUGGGAGGCCACAGUGAGGAUCUACCUUCACACAGGCAUUCCCGCCAUGACUCCCCGGACCCUUCUCCACCUAGGAGAGUCCGCCAUGACUCCCCGGACCCUUCUCCACCUAGGAGAGUCCGCCAUGACUCCCCGGACCCUUCUCCACCUAGGAGAGUCCGCCAUGACUCCCCGGAUCCUUCUUCACCUAGGAGGAUCCGCCAUGACUCCCCGGACCCUUCUCCACCUAGGAGGGUCCGCCAUGACUCCCCAGACCCUUCUCUACCUAGGAGGGUCCGCCAUGACUCCCCGGACCCUUCUCCAUCUAGGAGGGUCCGCCAUGAGUCCCCGGAUCCUUCUCUGCCUAGGAGAGCCCAUCAUGAUUCACCGGAUCCCUCUCUGCUCAGGAAGCAUUAUCGUCCUUCAGGUGUGUCUCCUAGAAGGGCCCGUCAUGACACACCAGAUCCAUCUCCUCCUCGGAGGGCCCAUCACAGUUCCGCAGCUAUUCCUCCUCAGAGAAAGGCCCGUAGCAGCUCCCCUGACACCUCUCAACCUAGAAGGACUCUGGAAUCCUUGGACACAUCAAAGCUCAGGAGGGCCCGUCAUGACUCCCCUGAUUCGCCUCCUAAUGUUCCUCAUUCACUGCACAGAACCAAAAGCAGUAAAGCCCCAGAAAGAGCCUCUAGCAAAACUUCUCCACAUCGGAAGGGGCCAGGACCCUCUCAGCCCUCAGUCCCGAAGAGCAGCAAGUAUGAAUGUGACUCGGACCUCUCUCCGCCACGAAAAAGGCAAGCCAAAUUUCAUUAUGGAAAUAAACAGCAUGACUCUAAAGGCUCUUCACCCAGCCGUAGAAAAUUUCAUACGAGUUUGUCACCUCGAAGACAUCAGAGUCACACCUUGGGCUCUUCCUCCUACCCAGGUGACAGUCAGAAAGCCUCUGAUUCAGACCUUUCUCCUCCACGGAAGAAACCAAGUUCAAGGCCCCAGGGUUCUGAUUCAGAUCUGUCACCUCCACGAAAUAGACCUGGGCGCCACAGCUCUGAUUCUGACCUCUCUCCACCAAGGAGGAAACAGAGGGCCAAAUCCUCUGAUUCUGACCUGUCUCCACCUCGAAGGACUCAGCCUCUGGGAAAGAAGGCUGCACACAUGUAUUCUGGGGCUAAAACUGGGUUGGUGUUAACUGACAUACAGCGAGAGCAGCAGGAACUCCAGGAACGGGACCAAGAAGCCAUGGCAUUUGAAGCUGAAUUCCAAUAUGCUGAAACCGUAUUUCGAGAUAAGUCUGGUCGUAAGAGGAAUUUGAAACUGGAACGUUUAGAGCAAAGGCGAAGAGCAGAGAAGGACUCAAAGAGAGAUGAGCUGUAUGCCCAGUGGGGAAAAGGCCUUGUCCAGAGCCGGCAGCAGCAACAAAAUGUGGAGGAUGCAAUAAAGGAAAUGCAGAAGCCUCUGGCCCGCUAUAUUGAUGAUGAAGAUCUGGAUCGGAUGCUGAGAGAACAAGAAAGGGAGGGGGACCCCAUGGCCAACUUUAUCAAGAAGAAUAAGGCCAAGGAGAACAAGGAUAAGAAAGUGAGACCUCGCUACAGUGGCCCAGCACCUCCUCCCAACAGAUUCAAUAUCUGGCCUGGGUAUCGUUGGGAUGGAGUGGACAGAUCCAAUGGAUUUGAACAGAAGCGCUUUGCCCGGCUUGCCAGCAAGAAGGCGGUGGAGGAACUUGCCUACAAGUGGAGUGUCGAAGAUAUGUAACUUUUCUGAGGCUGUGGGGGUUCCUGGAGUUUGUGAUACUGGACACAGACCAGCCAGAUGUCAAGCUGUAAAAGCUGUCUAUGGUCAUAAUCAGGCCCGCACACCAGCACCUCUUGGAACGCUAGUUUGAACCACUUGAGAAGGAUUUCACCAUUUGGAAAGAAGAAUAUUUGAAACCUGAUGUUUGGACUGAGGCACCUGUAAUUUCUCAGGUGCCUGCACUGGCGGUUGUUGCUGGCUUUCAGAAGAAACGUUGAUUUCUAGUGUCCCAGGGUUUGUUCUUGGUUAGGUUUUUUAAUAAACAUACAUUUAUUUUUUUAAAAUCA